CGAUCAGUGUCCGAAAUAUUUACUACACCGUGUACAUUCAGUUUUUAAUGUUGUACUAAAUUUGUUUAAUUCUUUCAGGCUUCAAACAUGUAUGGAAGAGUACAUAUUUAAUAUUUUCCACCCAAAGGCCACUACUCGUCCAAUGGCAUCUACAAAAAAGUACUCAUAAGGGUAUAACUGGCGUUUUGAGGUUACAAAGAAUUCAAUGUAUACUGGCGUGGCGCUACGGGAUGCAGCACCGUUGAAGCAGACAUGACGUUUUGAAUAUUCACAGGGGAAAGGGCAAAUUAGUUGCUCUUUGGGAGGGAGGUGAAGAAACUUGUGCAUCAGGGAGGGAUUGGAGUUUCUCGAGAGAGUGGUUGCCCUCUCUCUCUGCAACCCCAUGAUUUCUACCUUUCCCCCCUGCAUCCACCAACAACAACUCUCUCCCAACGCUCUCUUUUUCUGUCUUUUCCCCCUUUUUUUGUUUGAAAGAACGAGAUCUGCAAUCCUCGCUGCUUCUGCUGCUAUACUAUACUCUCUCUCUAUUGAUCUCUGUGUUGUUAUGCAUCUCACAUCUGUGUUUGCAUACACACAUACAUAAUCUGGUAUGCGACGGUUGUGCGCCGUUGCGGGCGGCGGCAGUCGAUAACUGAGCGGCGAUACGGUUUUAAGGGGUGCGAUGAUUACAAAUUUGUCCUCCUGAACUGAUUAGAUCUGGAUGGGAUUCGACCCGACCCGUAUCUUGGCCUGGCAGCGCGCGGAUGGCGCUUUCCGUGCAACUGUUGCGUUGCAGCCAUGGCGGUGUCCCGGGUUUAUCUCUGCCUGAUGCUUUACAGAUCUG